CGAAAAACUAUUAGCAUGGUGAACGUUUUAGGCACUCUGUUUGUAUGUGGCCUUGUACUCGUUGGUGCCGCAAAACUGAGAGACGGAAAUUUCCCACCGGACUACGAGCGUCUGAAGGGGUUGCGAUCGCUGGGAGCCGAGUUUGCCGGACAUUUCCGCAAUGAAUCGCUCACGGAAUUGGAUCUAUUCAACUCCCGAAUACCCAGUCAAGAGGAUCUGUUGUGUCUCGCGGACAUGGCUCAGUUUAUGCAGGCUCUGACUGGCGGAAAAUUGUGGGCACUGAAGAUGAUCGACGCUUGGGGCUCCAUUCCCUCGGGACUGCUGUACGGCAAUGUCAUGGAUCUUGGCAAUUUCGAUGAGUGCGUCAAGAUCAGCAAGGAGAUCACCAGUAGUCACAGCAUAAAUGGAAAGUACUGUUUUAUCAAUGUACCCAUCGCAUCCAAUGCACUCCAGAUCGGAUCGUGCUUUCCGGCUUCGUGCUCUGCCGCACAUAUGGAUGCCUUUCUGGGCCAAUUAGUGCAGAAACUGUUCAACGUGAGCAGCUUAAGUAUGAAUAUCAAAGAGGCUACUUGCCAGACAAGUGAAUCGAAACCCUGGGAUGGCAUGACCAUUUUCACAGUUGUGCUUCUUGGCUUGAUGGGUUCUAUCGUGGCCCUCUGCACGCUUUACGACUACUUCUGUUCUCAGGAUCAGAGUGAGGGCCUUCCUACGGUAGUGAAGAUUUUCUCGGCACGGGCCAGUUCCCGCGCUAUCUUCCGCGUUGUAGAUAGCAAAUCGAAUCCGAAUAUUAUCAGCUGCCUUGAUGGAAUCCGCUGCAUGUCACUCAUCUGGGUGGUUUUUGGACAUGAAUACGGAUUUGCCCUGGCAUCUCCGAAUAUAAAUAGCAUCCAUAUGUUUUACUGGGCCGUGGAACCCUUUGCUAGUUUUGUGCUGCACGGAUAUUUCUCGGUGGAUUCAUUUUUCUUUAUUGGUGGCCUGCUAGUGGCAAUGGUUGCCCUCCGCUCAAUGGACAAAUCCAAGGGAAAGCUGAAUGUGCCGUUGAUGUAUCUGCAUCGCUUCAUACGCAUUGUCCCGAUCUUGGCAGUGGCCAUUCUUGUCUACAUGAAUCUGAUGACAGUUAUCACGGACGGACCGCUCGCAUAUGGCGAUCACCUUAACAAGGCCGCCUGUGAAAGCGGUUGGUUUUGGACGCUCCUGUUCGUGCAGAAUUAUGCAACAAGCGAUUUUUGCCUCGGUCAUUCCUGGUACUUGGCCGUGGAUAUGCAGCUAUACAUCAUCUCUCCACUCCUGCUGAUUUCUCUGUAUAAGUGGGGCAAGAAGGCAGCCGCGGGGAUUGUGGUGCUUGUGCUACUGCUCUCGUCCUGCCUCUUUGCCACCAUGAUGAUCAACAACUAUUCAAUGCUCAUCAAGACCGGAUUCAAUGGAGAAGCCAGUAGAAAACUGUAUAUGGCCACACACACGCAUGCGGCGCCUUGGUUGAUUGGAUUUCUCUUCGGAUACUUCCUUCACCUGAAUCGGGGUAAGCGGUUCCAGCUAAGCCAGAUUGCCGUGUGGUCUGGAUGGGUGCUUAGCCUUGCCAUGAUCUUCACAUCGAUCUUUGCCAUGUAUCCUGCGGCCAAAUGGAGGGCCCCACUACCGUCAAUUCUGGAGGAGUCUCUCUACUACACGCUUACAAGACUGGCCUGGCCACUAGCCCUGUGUUGGAUUGUGUUCGCCUGCAUGCAGGGCCAUGGCGGUCUUGCAAACAGUUUUCUGUCCUCGCCAUUGUGGCAGCCUCUGUCCAGGAUCUCGUAUUCUGUAUACAUAUGGCAUAUGUUCGUCGAGGAAGCAAACAGCAGAAUUAGCCGGACGAAUACCUACUACUCGGACUACACUGUGAUGCAGACUUUCUGGUCCGACUUCGGGUUCUCUCUAUUGAUGGCGUACGUGCUCUACAUUAUAAUUGAGGCUCCUUUGGGUGGACUCGAUAGUCUUUUACGUCGCCGCGAAAAGACUAGUGUGGAGCCCCCAGCUCCUAGUGAACCAAUUCAAUCUUCGUAUGAUGACCCACAGGAUCAGUUGAACGACAAUGAAAAAGGAAAGAAAGAUGAUCUUGAAGUGAAGGAAACUACAGUCACAGCGACUGUCUCAGAACAGUUACAAAUAUAAUUACUAGUACGUUUAAUUUUUUUAUACAUAAAUAACACAAUAGUAAUACAGUUCAAAGCACAGUUAUUUUUACAGCAUUUGAAACUUAAAUUAUUACACUCAAAUGGCUUAUCUGAGGUUUUAUCUCUUGUAGAGGUUCCCAAUGGCUACGCGAUGAGUAAUUCAUUUUAUUUACGGCACUCUAAUCAUAAAAUUUGAAGUGUAAA